AUGCUGGCCCUGGACAGCAAGGACGUCCGCCGCCUGGCGCUUCGGCUGCGCAGGGACGCCUGCCGCUGCACGCAGUGGCACGUGAUUGGAUCCAUCGCUGCAAUCCUCCUCCUGUGGUGGCACUGGCUCUCCGUCACCGAAGUUGUCCACCGCUCCUGCUACCCCGACCAGCCCCUGGCGAUCGUCAGGCAGCAGUUCUUGCCCCGGCACGUGUUCUCCGACAUACAGACCGCCGCAUCGGGAGACGCUCUGGUGGAGACCAACCAGCUGAACGAGGAAAACUUCAAGUACACGCGGGGCUGGUUGAUGAAGUUCAACCGGGAGGGCCUGGCGCGCGUGCGCGGCAACGACAGCUGGGCGUACGCGGUGAGGUACUUCGACGCGGUGGAGAACCCGGAGGCCAACGCGUUCGUGAUGAACCUGCUGGUGGCGGAGCAGCCGCCGCCCAGCGAGGGGGACGCAGUGGGACCGCACUACGACGACACCAUCGACGUCGACGCGCCCGGGCAGUUCAUGGCGCACCAGGUGAACGUGCUGUACACGAGCGUGCCACAGAAGCUGAGGGGCGGGGAGCUGGAGGUGUGGCCCUACGAGCAUGACAACACAGAGCUGGACAAGGCCAUUAUAACUCCUGCAGAGAACACUAUGGUUGAAUUUCGAGGGGACGCAUGCCACAGGGUGCGGGGCUUCUGGUCACCAAGCGGGGCACGGAGAAUAAGUAUUGUGGUGGAGCAGUACCGCAUCCCUGAGAAGUUGUACAAACAUACGCGAGAAUUCUGCUUUUCGUCAGAGUGCGAUGAGUAG